CACUUGCUAUAUUUACAUACCCCAUCCAAAAAAAAACCCUUUGUUUUGAGAGCGUGUUAACAAGAAAUUUAGAGAUGGCUGGUGAAUUUAGCUCCCUUGUUAACAAGAUCAAGCCUUAUUUGGCUAUGGUGUCUUUGCAAUUUGGUUAUGCAGGGAUGUAUAUUGUCACCAUGAUGUGUUUCAAAAGAGGAAUGAGUCAUUGGAUUCUUGUUGUUUAUAGACAUGCAUUUGCCACCAUUGCUGUUGCACCCUUUGCUAUCGUUCUCGAAAGGAAAAUAAGGCCUAAGAUGACACGCAGGGUCUUUAUUAAGAUAGUGGCUCUUGGUUUUCUAGAGCCAGUGAUUGAUCAGAAUUUGUACUAUUUGGGACUGAAGAGUACAACUGCAACUUAUGCAUCUGCUUUUGUUAAUCUCCUCCCAGCAGUAACCUUUAUUCUGGCUGUAGUUUUCAGAAUUGAGAAGGUAAAUUUGAAGAAAAAAUCAAGUAUGGCAAAGGUUAUAGGAACAGCAAUAACAGUGGCUGGAGCCAUGGUGAUGACUCUAUACAAAGGGCCAAUGUUCAACCUGGUCCCACGUCACGGUGGCGCGCACCACGAAGCCUCUGUCGCGGCCCCUGAGAAUUGGGUAGCCGGAACCAUUGAGCUCAUCGCUUGCAUUGUUGGUUGGUCCGGUUUCUUUAUUGUUCAAUCGAUGACACUGAAAGAGUAUCCCGCGGAGUUAUCUCUAGCAGCAUGGGUAUGUGUGAUGGGUGUAGUGGAAGGUGGAAUUGUUGCACUUAUAAUGGAACGUGAUUGGAAUGCUUGGGUUAUUGGAUUUGACUCUAGACUCCUUGCUGCUGCCUAUUCUGGUAUUGUAUGCUCAGGAAUUGCAUAUUAUGUGCAAAGUGUUGUUAAUAAAGUUAAAGGCCCAGUAUUUGUAACAGCCUUUAGCCCAUUAAGUAUGGUUAUUACUUCAAUUCUUGCUGCUAUUAUCUUAGCUGAAUCAGUCCAUCUUGGAAGCUUAAUUGGAGCAAUUAUCAUAGUCAUGGGACUAUAUUCUGUGGUGUGGGGCAAGAGUAAAGAAGGGAAAAUCAAUGAUAUCACUAGUAAAGAUCAAGAAUUACCAGUUGUGGAUAUUAAAGAAAGAUCAACUAUUGUUGAUGAUAAUAUUAAUGAGAAGAAAACUUCAAUCUACCAAGAGCAUUAACAUGAUUUAAAAAAAAAAAGAAGAAGAUGUUGUAUCUUUAAAUCUGUAAUUUUAAUUUUUGACUUGUUGCAAUGUUUAAAUUUUCUAAGUGUUGCUCUUUAAAACAAUGCAACUAAUGUUGUGAUCAAUUGUUGCCUAAUGGAAGGGGAAGAAAAAAAUGUGUAAUCUACUUUUUGUGUAAAAGUUAAGGAGUUGUAUCUCCAUUUGGGAAUGAAAAAUGAAAAUGUUUUAUAUUA